AUGAACCUUCAGCUAGAGCUGGACCUGUACCUAAACCUGGACAUGGACCUGAACCCGGACCUUGAGCUUGGCCUUGGUCUUGCAGCUAUAGCUGUAGACUGCCACACCUCCCUGCAGCCAACCUCCCUGCUGCAUCAACCUCCCUGCAGCCACAUCUCCCUGCUACAUCAACCUCCCUGCAGCCACACCUCCCUGCAACAUCAACCUCCCUGCAGCCACAUUUCCCUGCUACAUCAACCUCCCGGCAGCCACACCUCCCUGCUGCAACCUCCUCAGCCACACCUCACAUGCUGCAUCAACCUCCCUGCAGCCACACCUCCCUGCUACAUCAACCUCCCUGCAGCCACAUUUCCCUGCUACAUCAACCUCCCGGCAGCCACACCUCCCUGCUGCAUCAGCCACACCUCCCUGCUACAUCAACCUCCCUGCUACAUCAACCUCCCUGCUACAUCAACCUCUCUGCAGCCACACCUCCCUGCUACAUCAACCUCCCUGCAGCCACACCUCCCUGCAACAUGCCACACACAUCAACCUCCCUGCAGCCACACCUCCCUGCUACAUCAACCUCCCUGCUACAUCAACCUCCCUGCUAGCAUCACCUCCCUGCAGCCACACCUCCCUGCUACAUCAACCUCCCUGCAGCCACAUUUCCCUGCUACAUCAACCUCCCUGCAGCCACACCUCCCUGCAACAUCAGCCACACCUCCCUGCUACAUCAAUCUCCCUGCAGCCACACCUCCCUGCUACAUCAACCUCCCUGCAGCCACACCUCCCUGCCACGUCAACCACACCACCCCUGCCACAUCAGCCACACCACCCUGCCACAUCAGCCACACCUCCCAGCUACGUCAACCACACCUCCCUGCUGCAUCAGCCACACCACCCUGCUACGUCAACCACACCUCCCUGCUGCAUCCACUACAUCAGCCACACCUCACUACCCCAUCGGACACCAGCAACCUGUUACAGUACCUACAAGACUUUCCUGCUUCAUUGUUUAACAGACCUUGUUUGUGUGAAGAAGAUUUCGCGAUAUUUUUGUGCUGA